UGGCGCAUACGAACUGUUGACUGCAGUCUGCAGUUAAGUGUUGACAGGAGUACGGCUUAAUAUUUUUCAACUUUUCAACGGUUGAAACUUUAAAGAAAUACAGGUUGAAAAUCAGUAUCCUAACCAUCAGUUCUUCUGGCUCUUCGUCAAUCAUCGGUGGUCGAUGUUCCUGAAGAUUGAAAACUGACACCUCCUUUAAGUACACUCGUCUCCGUGACUCAGUCGGUGGAACGAUUGAAAAUCAUGAGCAACUACGCUAUGGAUGUCGAUGUGGCAAAAGUCGGCUGUCUCGUUCCAAAAAUGGACGACGUUAAAAAAGAGCUCCUCGUCAGCAUGAAUGAACUGUAUGCCCGGGGUCUAAAAACUAGCUGCCAGUGGUCUUCAGAUCUUCUCCUAUCACUUGAGGUCGGCAACAAUCCAAAACCUUUAGCCAAAAAGAUAGAAGGGUACAAGAGACCAAGAAUCACCCGUAGUUGUCUAACCCCUGUGCAUAAACGUAUGUCGGUUUCAAAACCUACAGAUCUAUAUUCCAUAGACCAACUUCCAAUACCAUAUCAUGAAAUGGAACGAUAUCUUCAUGCUCGAACAUGUUAUAAUGCCAAAGAAUAUCAAAGAGCAUCAUUUUGGUUGAAAACUUGUCAUUCAAAUAUACCAUUAUUUCUGAAAAUGUAUUCAGAUUAUUUGGCUGCUGACAGUAAUAUUAAAAACAUUGGUAGUGAAGCGACACCUUCCAUGUUUAAAGAAUAUCGAAAUUUUUUAGACUAUUUAUCUCAGCUAUUAGAGUCUAUACGACAACAAAAAAAAGGGGAUGGGUAUUUGACAUAUUUACUUGGUGUGGUGUAUGUAAAAUUAGAGCAAUAUGAGGCUGCUGUUAAUAUGCUUGUGGAAUCUAUAAACGAGGUGCCACUCAAUUGGCAUGCAUGGAUGCAACUUGGCGAUCUUAUUGUAGAUCGAGUUAAAUUAUCAAAGCUAGAGUUACCCAAUCACUGGAUGAAAAACUUCUUCUACUGUCAAAAAUAUUUGGACUUGCAGUUAAAUGAACAGAUGUUGGGUAUGACACAAUAUUUGUUUAACUGUGGUUUCAGCGAUAGCAUAUUUCUCCAAUCUAGGGUGGCAGUUUGUUACCACAACAAAAGAUACAUUGAAAUAGCAGUUCAGAAGUUUCAAGAGCUAAUUGAAAUUGAACCUUGUCGGCUGGAAAAUAUGGAUACUUAUUCAAAUUUAUUGUAUGUGCAACAUCAACGGGUUGAACUAGCUUAUCUUGCUCAGCGAGCCGUUAGAAUUGAUAAAUAUCGAGUGGAAACGUGUUGUAUUUUGGGCAACUAUUACAGUCUUCAUGGGGAACAUCAAAAAGCAAUGCGUUAUUUUCAUCGUGCUCUUAAAUUGAAUCCUCUAUACUUGGCUGCCUGGACACUACUUGGUCAAGAAUAUAUGGAACUUAAAAAUUCAAAUGAUGCUAUACAAAGUUACAGCAAAGCUUUGGAAAUAAACAAAUAUGAGUACAGAGCGUGGUAUGGUUUGGGUCAAACGUAUGAAAUACUUGGUAUGUUCAAACACAGCCUUCAUUUUUUCAAGCAAGCACAGUUACUGAGACCGUUUGACAGUCGUAUGAUAAUUGCUGUUGGCAAUGUAUAUGAGAAAUUAGGUAAUAUAGACAUGGCAUUUCAAAGCUACCUAAAAGGGCGAGCGAUGGGUGAUGAUGAAAAGCUUGGCCUCAUAUAUUUAGCAAAAUUGUAUGUAGUUAUAAAUAGACCAAAUGAUGCUGCAAAAAUGUUUUUAGAAUACAUUGAAGAACACGGACUAGAUGAACAGACUCGCGAUCACAGCUAUGCUUAUAUGUUUCUUGCUAACUAUAAUCUAACUCGUAUGAACUAUGAUCAAGCUUUUCAUUAUGCUCAAAAAUGUUUGAACUAUGCAGAAACCAAAGAAGAAGCUAAAGCGUUAUUAAAAACUAUAGUUCAUGAAAGAAUAUUCAUGCAAAUUGAUAACAUAUUGAAUGAUAGUAUGAGGCAGAAACAAUCGAAAGAUUACGAUAAAGAAGAAAUGCCCAGACAGUUAGAAAUGUUGUCGCUUACUCAAAAAUCUGAAGUGAAUCAAAAUGAAAAUGAUGACGAUGACGAUGACGAUAGCGAUGAAGAACAUUUGUGUAAUUCCAUCUCAAGGUAUUUGGAUUUGGUGGAUUACAGUGAAUGUAAUAUUGAAUCAGAGUAAUUUAAGUUUGUAAAAUAACAUAAAGUAAAGUUGUGAAAUAGAUUAUUUUUAUAUUUUUAGUUGUAGAAUAAUUAAUUUUGUUCAAAUUGAAAAAAAGAUUCAAGAUUUUCAAGAAGAAAAAUUUGAUACGUAUUGACAAGGAAUAGGUAUAUACUGACAGGAAUAGUUGUGUACCGCCUUUUAUUGAAGUCUGAGUCCAAUACGUUCCAGUAUGUAUUGCUUGUAUAGUGCAAGUAUAACUUCUUGAACACUCAAAAUUUUCCUGAUAUGUAUAUCAAUACACAUUUCUUUCUGAAUAUCUUAAUUAUGAUUACUGAAUUUUUUUCAUUGUCUUUUUUUAUUUAAAUAAGACUGAUAAAUUAUUUAUUUAAACUUUAUAAUAUACAAUUUUAUAUCAUAUAAAUUAUUAUAUAAACAUUUCUAUAUAUUUUAUACAUUAAAUAAAAUAAUAUAUUAUAGGCAUAUGUGAGAUUUAGGGAUGACUGAUCAGUAAAUAAUACCUGCAUGGUUAAUUGCUUUACUUUAUUAGAAAUUAGAUUAUUAUAAAUAUAAAAUAAAACAAUAAACACAUUCCCAUAUUAAAAAAUACAAUAGAAAAAACACAAUAUUACAAUGCACACUCUAUUUCUCACUAACUACUGCUGGCUACUCUAGUUUUCUAAUAUGUUUAUAAACACAACUUAUAUAUAAGUGCAACAAGUAUUUGAAUUUUGAUGUAACCGGUACCGAGUCGUACCACUUAUAGUUUUGUUUGUUUUAUUUUAUGUAAGUUGUUAUACUACACAAUAUAUUUGUGUUAAGGUUAUUUUGUAAA